AUGGCCCGAGAACACGAGUUCUUAGAAGAACAUAAUAUUCGUCUCAAGAGAAGACAUAAAAGAAAUCAGCUGUGCCGGGAACAAGAGACUUUGGAUGAACGUGAUACUCGCCGAAAAAUCGAUCGGGAAAGAAAACAGAAACUUCGUGAACAAGAGACUUCUGAGGAGCACAAUGCUCGCCUUUAUAGAGGCCGUGAGAAAUAUCGUCAGCUUCGUGAGCAAGAGACUUCAGUAGAUCAUAACAUUCGCUGA